GAACCUCCCAAACCCGAACCUCCCCAAGCCGAACCUCCCAAGCCAGAACCUUCGAAAGCAGACGCACGAACCAAUGCCUGGGAAAAGGCAAGAGAGGAAAUGAGGAGGAAAGAGGAAGAGCGCAAAGCCAAGGAGGCGGAACAGAAGCGCCGGGAGGAAAUAGCCAGGCGGUUGAAGGAGCUACGUGAAAAGGAGGCUUCAGAACGUGCCAAACGAGAACGAAUCGCCAAGGAAAAGGCAGAAAAGGAGGCAGCGGAACAAGCCAAACGAGAACAAGCUGCUAAAGAAAAGGCAGAAAAGGAAGCCCGGGAGAAAGAACAGCUUGAGAAGGAGCAAAGAGAGAAGGAGCAGCAAGAGAAGGAGGCACGUGAGAGAGUGCAGAGAGCAGAACGACUGCGCGAAGCACGCGAACGAGAUCUCCGCGAAAGGCUCGAGCGAGAAAGGGCACUCCGCGAGAAAUUAGAAAGAGAGAUGAAGGAGAGAGAAGCUAUUCGUCUCAAGGAGGAAGCCGACAAACGUGCCAGAGAAGAGGCCGAUAAACGUGCCAAGGAAGAAGCUGAGAAGCGAGCCAGAGAAGCAGCUGCAGCAGCCAGCGGCGUCAAGGAGGAGACCACUAGGAAGAGUACAUAUGCGUUCUCGCAAGUGGGCGAGAGGACCAACCCGUGGCCUAACGGAAAACCGUCAUCUCGACCGGCCUCGCCAGCUACACCAGCCAGACCGAGCCCAACCCCGACGUCUGCUAAACGACCAACGGCCCCGACGGCGAGGACAUACAAUGAGACUGAGGAAGAGACCUACUCAUUCCGCCCGUACGACACCCCAAAACGCCACAGUAGAAGAAGAUCUGGUGAAACAGUCUUCACACAAUCAUCUUAUGCUCCAUCUCAGUCAACCGCCCGGACGUCACCACCGCCCUCGAUGCGUGGGGCCUACUCGACCAAAGAUCCAAACAAGAUUGUCAUCAAGGCUGUAUACAGCUUUAUGAACCAGUUCGCCAAAACUCCAGCGUCCCAGCUCAUCUCAGGUGUGGGCACUGUGACAGAUGGCCUAAUCCUGCGUAUUACAACCGAAGGUCUCUUCAUUGAUGACGACGUCCGCGGCGUCCCCCAACGCGAAUGGGACGUUAAGGCAUGGACUCUCAAGCUCAUGGAGGUGUGGUGUUCCUCGCAUUCCUUUGCCGAACCGUCGGCAACCAAUGCCCCCAAAGUGCAAACCAAAGCGGCACGACGUGCAGAUCGCGGCCAACCUAAGACGCUGACCGGCGAUGACGCCGACGCGUUUUUGAUCGACAUGUUGCGGGCCUGCAAGAAUGAGUGUCGUCUUUGUCCACACGGAGACGGCGCAUCUUCGUAUGCUGAUGGACAGUCGGGAGAGGUGAAGCCGAGCGGCUUGCAUGUCCUGCGUGCUACUAUCAGAGACCAGGAGGGCAAGCGCUACCUGUUUAUCCUCGGCGAGGAAGAGGGAUGGAAGGUGGCUGCUGGUUUGCAGCGGUUGAGGGGGGUACUCAAGUGCGCCAGCUGGGUGUUCAGGCCAUGUCGACGACCGAGUCGCGGGACACCCUCAACAUGCUUGGAUGGAUCUGAGUGCCAAGUUGACGGGGAGAGUGUUGGUGUUUCCCAUAAUUGUUGGCAUUUAAACAACUGGGAAGUGGCGAUUUUAAAAACCAAAUGGUCGAGGCAUGCAUUCGCAUCUCUGGAAUCUGGGCUGGAUCAUGCAGGGCGUUCAUUGUAAAACACCAGCAUUCCAGCAGCACACAUCCAUACAUGCUUCUCUAUGGGGCGAUCAUUCGUUUUUUACAGCAUUGCGAAGCAUAGCAUUUGGCGUACUCAAGGUUCGGACUACACAUUUGGUGGCGUUGUGUAUUACCCAUGUAGAGUUGGAGAAUGGCCACCCAUGGGCAACUUCAGGGUAUGAGUAAAUAUUCAUG